AUGACCCAGCAAAGAAUCAUUUUAACCAUGUGUUCAAAUAAUACAGCACAAAAUCUACCUGUUGUCUUGCAAUUCCAACUCAUGAGCCUCUCAGAGGAUCCAGAACUGCAGCCCCUCCUCUUCGGACUCUUCUUACUCAUGUAUAUGGUCACAGUGGUUGGGAACCUGCUCAUCAUCUUGACUGUCAUCUCUGACUCCCACCUCCAUACCCCCAUGUAUUUCUUUAUCUCCAACCUUUCCUGGUCUGACAUCUGUUUCAUCUCAACUACAGUACCAAAGAUGAUUUUGGAUAUUCAGACGCAAAGCAGAGUCAUCUCCUAUGUGGGCUGCCUAACACAGAUGUCUAUGUUCAUAAUUUUUGGGUGUAUGGAUAGUAUGCUUUUGACUGCAAUGGCCUAUGACAGGUUUGUGGCCAUCUGCCACCCCCUGCAUUACACAACCAUUAUGAACAAUCACCUCUGUGGUUUAUUAGUUUUGGUAUGUAUUUUGAUUAGUCUUUUGGACUCUCAGGUACAUAAUUUGAUUGUGCUACAAUUUACAUAUUUCAAGGACAUGCAAAUCUCUAACUUUUUUUGUGACCCUUCACAACUUUUAAAUCUUGACUGUUCGUUAAUGUUUACCAAAAACAUAAUCACACAUUUGUUUGGUGUUUUUUUAGGUUUAUUUUCAACCUCAGGGAUUCUUAUAUCUUACUAUAAAAUUAUUUCUACCAUGCAGAGACUUCCAUCAACAAAUGGAAAAUAUAAAGCCUUCUCCACUUGUGGGUCUCACCUUUCAGUUGUUUGCUUAUUUUAUGGAACAGGCAUUGGAGUAUAUAUUGGUUCAACUGUAUCAAAUUCUCCUGAAAACUGUGCAGUAGCUUCACUGAUGUACACAGUGAUCACACCUCUGAUGAAUCCUUUCAUCUACAGCUUAAAAAACAAGGACAUUAAAAGUUCCCUCUGGAGGUUUCAGAAAAGAACAACAUGCUUACCUAACUCCUUCCAUCAUUUCUGA